GGCGCGUCGGGGGCGGCGGCGGCGGGCGUCUGCCUGGAGUCGCCCGCGCUGCUCGCGCAGAUGUUCGUCGUGACGCGCGACGGCGCCGUCAUGGCCGACGAGAGCGUCUGCCUGGACGCGCCGGGCCACAACGACGACUCCACCCGCCGCCCCAAGGCGCGGCUCAGCAUGUGCGCCGACACGCCGCGCCAGAGGUGGCGCUACGACACGCAGGAUUUCUCAGGAGAAUUCCCAUUCCUCAGGAGAAAUCCUGUAAACAAAGAAUCAAAGAACACGUGUCCGGGUAACUCCGUCGCGGAGAGAGGAAAUGGAAACAUAAACUGA